UCCAAAGCCAUCAUCAAAGCAACUUGUGUCUCGUUCUCCCAUUCGUCCUCAUCUGCCCUUAACUUCGUACGAGUCGCCACCUCCUCAUAUAAAAUCACUUCCAACGAUUGUUCUCUUUUUUUUUUUCUCUGUGCGUUUUGAGAGUUAUUAUGGCGAUGAUGGCGACGGCAAUCCGUAACUCCGCUUCACGGGGGACGAUGAUGAGCCGUCAGAUCUCGGGGUUGAGAUCCAUGUCUUCGUGGUGGAAGAACGUCGAGCCCGCUCCCAAAGAUCCCAUCCUCGGAGUCACCGAGGCCUUUCUCGCUGAUCCUAGUCCCGACAAAGUUAACGUUGGUGUGGGAGCAUAUCGAGAUGAUAAUGGGAAGCCUGUUGUCUUGGAAUGUGUCCGUGAAGCUGAGCGUAGGAUCGCUGGCACCUCCUUCAUGGAGUAUCUUCCGAUGGGAGGGAGUGUCAAAAUGGUGGACGAGACAUUGAAGCUUGCCUAUGGGGACAACUCUGAGUUUAUCAAAGACAAAAGGAUUGCUGCAGUUCAGUCUCUCUCCGGCACUGGAGCUUGCCGGCUCUUUGCUGACUUCCAGAAACGUUUCCGUCCCGAUUCGCAGAUCUACAUUCCUGUACCAACCUGGUCCAACCACCACAACAUCUGGAGAGAUGCACAAGUCACUCAAAAGACGUACCAUUACUACCAUCCAGAAACCAAGGGCUUGGAUUUCUCAGGGUUGAUGGAUGAUGUGAAGAAUGCUCCGCAAGGCUCCUUCUUCCUUCUCCACGCUUGUGCUCACAAUCCUACUGGAGUAGACCCUACAGAGGAGCAAUGGAGAGAGAUCUCACAGCUAUUCAAGGCCAAAAACCAUUUCGCAUUCUUCGACAUGGCCUAUCAAGGCUUUGCAAGCGGUGACCCAGCGAGAGACGCCAAGUCCAUCAGGAUCUUUCUCGAGGACGGUCAUCAUAUUGGAAUCUCUCAGUCUUAUGCUAAGAACAUGGGACUCUACGGCCAGAGGGUCGGAUGUCUCAGCGUGCUUUGUGAAGAUGAGAAGCAAGCCGUGACUGUGAAAAGCCAGUUGCAGCAACUAGCUAGACCAAUGUACAGCAACCCACCUUUGCAUGGAGCUCAAAUAGUCUCAACCAUUCUCGGAGACCCAGCGUUAAAAGGCCUCUGGCUAAAGGAAGUUAAGGUCAUGGCUGAUCGGAUAAUUGGCAUGAGAACUGCUUUGAGAGAAAGCUUAGAGAAGUUAGGAUCGCCUCUAUCAUGGGAGCACGUAACCAAGCAGAUUGGAAUGUUCUGCUACAGUGGGAUGACACCUGAACAGGUUGACCGUUUAACAAGCGAAUAUCACAUCUAUAUGACCCGUAAUGGUCGUAUCAGUAUGGCCGGUGUUACAACAGGAAACGUGGGAUACCUUGCGAAUGCUAUACAUGAAGUCACCAAGUCAUCUUAAAUUGUUUUACAUGUCUCAAGUCAAGAGAUAAAUUUGUUUCUUUUUGAAAGAGUUAAUAAGACAGAGGAAGCGUACAACAUUUGUUCUUCUUCAAUUGUUUUGGUGGGGACUGAAAGUCUUACCCACAAACAGUAACUUAUCAGCGCAAUAAAAUUUUGAACCGCCUUUUAGUUGA